UGGGCUGCUGAGUGCUGAGGAAAAACCAUUGACAUAUGAAAAACAGGUGACGCCAUAUUGUCAGCUUCCGAAGAAAGCGCAACCAGGCGCAACAUUUCUGCAAACAUGACAAAAUAGCACACUUUAUCGACCAUAAACGCUAAAAUGGCGCACAUUGGGGCAAUGGAAGACGCAUCUCUGAAUGAUUAUUCUGCCCAGCAGGCGUCCAGUGUCUGCCUGCGAAGUCGACCAUGCUCCAGCGAGAGAGACGGUCAGGUACGGGCUGUCAAAGCUGCUCUUCAGUCCAGGUUGGGGCCCUACGAGCCCGUCCUGACCUACCUACAGUCUGUCCUAGUGUGGGAAAGACCCUUACAGUGUGUGCUUCUCUACACUGUGGUCAACGUUGUGUUCUGGUUCUUUGCCCUGACGUCACUGCGCCUGCUGUUCCUGCUGGCUUCUGGUCUGGCUGUGAUUGUCUUUGUUGAUACCUGGAGAAAUAAGAUCUGGCCAGAGAUUGGAGUCAGAAACCGGGAUGAAUCAGAAAAUGAGAGCUGGGGUCUGGUGCAACCUGGCAUCCUCAGUGUGCCUGAACUGUGCCACCACAUUGCUGAGGCCUGGGUCAGUGGAGCUGUUAUCGCAUCCAGUGCGGUGCAGUACAAACAACAUAAACCUGGCAAGUUCUGCAUCCUGACCUGUGGAGUCUUCGCCUGCUUGGCUGUGGUUGGACGCUACAUUCCUGGAUUGGUGCUCUCAUACUCUGCUGUGUGGGCUACUCUCCUGGCUCCUCUGGGAGCCUAUCACAGGGUUUUUCAGCAUGUGUGUGUGAAGCUGGAUCCGGUCCUGCAGCGACUGGACUUCAGCGUUUAUGGAUACAUGAUGUCAAAGCCUAUUGAUAAUCAGUUCCUGCGGAAGCCUCUCCGUGGUGUAGCCUCAGGUAAAGACAGUGAUAGCGAGGAGGAGGAGUUGGCUGCUUUCUGCCCAACGUUUGAUGAUGCUGUUGUUGCCAAGGAACUUGCACUGACCGACUCUGAGCACUCUGAUGCUGAGGUGUCCUACACUGAUAAUGGAACAUUUAACCUAUCGCGUGGCCAGACCCCACUCACAGAGGGCUCUGAGGAUUUUGACAGACACAGUGAUGCUGAGGAAUCCUUUGCUCAAGACCUGCCAGACUUCCCCUCCAUAAACCCCGAUGCUACUUUGAUGGAUGACGAUGACGACACAAGCAUAGGUCUACCUAGUCUGGCUAUGUCUGGGCUAGCUAGUCACCGGGCUUCAGUGCUGGAUGUAGAUGGUCAUUUUGAUUCAGAUCAGGAGGAUCUGGAUGAAGAACUUUCUCUCAGCGGCCUGCCACCUGCGUCUGAUUUCGCCGGAGACUUGGCUGGAGUCAUUGCCAGCAACAUGAUUCAGGCAGCGCUGGCCGGGGCGAUGCAACCUCAGCGUCCUGCUGCCCGGCGCAGAGAAGGCCCACCCAGGGUCGGGGUCCGCCGAAGCUACCGCAAGCAGUCCAGCUCCGAGCUAGACACAGACAUGGACGGAGAGGACUUUGAAAUGCUGGAUCAGUCUGAACUGAACCAGAUGGAUCCACUUGGAGGAGGAGCGGGUACUAGACAGGGAGAGAGCCAGGGGUCUAACUUCUUGUCUAGCCUGCUGGGUAAACCACAGUGAGGUGUGCGUGUGCGUGUGCGUGUGCGUGUGCGUGUGUGUGUGUGUGUAAAACUUCAUGGGCAGUGUUGAUGAGCUGUGUGUGUGAGAAAUGAUUUUAGGUUCCAGCAGCCCUGCUCCUGAUUGGCAUCAGUUUUAUCACUGUGAAGAACUAAAUUUUAUUUCCUUUUUAAAAAAAAAAAAAACUCUUUCCUCCCUUUUCUUUUAAACCCUGAUCAUUCAGAAAACUUUUACUUUGUAAGCUGAGCAAUAGGAAAUGCAACAAUAAACAUAUUCAGACAUUUUUUUUAAAACCAGCAUUAUUGAGCCUCGUUGUAGUCUUGCAAUUCCAUUAUGUGCGGCCGUAACUUACUAGGGUACAUGUUAAUGACUAGAAAUAAAGAACAACCGUGCCCAUAAAAUCUUUUCUACCUGGAGAUCGAGACAUACAGGGCUAUUCAACAUCGGACCAAAUAUGACAUUCCCGUUGGUUGAGCUGAGCCAUGUGGCUUUGAUAAUGACAUUAUGGAAGAUCAUUACAUGUUAAAGUUCACUUAUUGUAACAGCUGAGUUAGAUAAAUCAACCUUUUUAUUUUUUCCAUCACAGGAACCAGCAGUUUAUGUUGAUGUUAGUGUUCUGCUGUCCUUUCAAGUGACGUGGCUCUUAGAGGAUAUAUUUAAUGUUACAGGUUUACAGAUUUUUAUUUUAGAUUUUAAAACCCAGCAAUUUUCUUCCAGGAUGAAAAUGAAUACUAUUUGGAUAACAGUUUCAGUUCUCUGUAUUUUCUUUCCUUUUUUCCUUUCUGCUGUCUAACAUAUGAAGACAUUUCAUGCAUUUUUGGGAGCUGAUUUUCUUUUUCCUUUAAAGAAUGUCCCAUUACAAUCUUAUAUAAUAUCUGAACUGGAGUAACACUUGAUAUUAUACUUGUUGUUCAUUGUAUUUAUGAACUUGUGCCCCAGCAGGGGGAGGUCUGUUUCUUUUGGCUGUGUGAGUAAGUUUAGAAUAUCUUUCAUUUUCAUGUCCUUAAAUACAGCCCAAUGACAUAUAAUGCCAAUGUUUAAUACCUUGAACAAGCCCUCCGCUUUAUCUUUUUCAAAAGUAAUAUUUAAACAAAUGUCUUAACCUCUUUGUAUCAUCCUUGUAUUUCAUGUAGUUGACAGUCAUGCUGAACUUUUUAAGAGAAAAAUUAAACAUUAACAUUUCAUAGAUAUUUUACUAUUUUAAUGGGGAAACAUGUUUACAUCAAAUUUGGGUAUAGAAAGUUAUCCUUGUAUCCUUUUUUUUUUUUUUUUUUUUUUUUUAAAGUGCUCGUAUGUGAAAGUUGAAAGUGUUGGUUAGCCUGAUUUCCUUUUGAUGGACAAACUAUGUCAAAACUUUACUGUGGAAUUGACACUUAACACUUAAAUGAGCCACAGUUACAAUUUAUUAAAAAUUAAAUAUAAAUGCUGGGUUUAUAGAAGUGGAAAACACAUUGCUCUUUUUAAUUGUAUUACUUUAAUUAAGAGGAAGUUAUAACUUCAAAAGGUUUAGCGCAAUAGAAAAACUGCUGGAUCCACAUUCAUGGAGGUAAAGUAGAAAAAAGUGCACCGACUGAAAUUGCUGGAAUUUUAAGGCUUAAUUUUAAGGAGGAGGAAUUAGUUUUAGUUGUUUGACUUGGUUUGGCCACCUUUGUUAACCAGAAUGUUGCUCAUUGCUGCUCCAUGAAGAGUCACUUCCUCAGUAUGAGGAUUGAUAAUGUAAUGUGCAUAGUAGUGUAUUUUCUUCGCUGUAACUGGUUUUGAUAUGUUUUGAUGUGCAAAUCAUAUUGAAUAAAAUGUUUGCAAUAAA